GCUGCAUCUGUGAAUGACAUGAGGAUGUGAGAGAAUACAGCGACAGCGAGACGGACGGGAGCUGUCUCGUUUAGGUGCUUUUAUAGACAUUCGCCAGCGGACUGAUAUAUGUACGAUGAGGAAUACAAAAAGGACUUACUGAGGAACGGCAUUCUCAUUUGACCCUGAGUCUUCCUCAUAUGUCUGCCAUGGACUACAUGGAUUGUGUUUUGGUGAGUGUGUGACCUCAGACAUAACCAUGGUGGUGAGGUGGUUGCUCAACUCCCAUUGAGAACAAAAAAUGAGAGUGUGAAGCUGCAGUGCAGGCAGCACAGCCACAUGAUUCGAUGACUCUGGACAUGGACGCGGUCCUGUCAGACUUUGUUCGGUCCACAGGGGCAGAACCGGGUCUGGCACGAGACCUGCUGGAAGGUAAAAACUGGGACUUGAGCGCUGCUCUGAGUGACUAUGAGCAGCUUCGGCAGGUCCACACUGCCAAACUGCCCCAUGUCUUCAAUGAGGGCCGUUACUUCAAGCAGCCGGAGCGUAGCAGCACACCACAGCACAUCAGCAAGCCUGAGCAAUGCCUCCAGAAACAAGAGGACAACACUCAAGAAAAGCGUCUGUCUCGGGGCAUCUCCCAUGCCAGCUCUGCCAUCAUGUCUCUGGCCCGGCUGCAGGUGUCAGGGGAUUGUGCCCGGGAGCCAUUCCCCCUGGAGAUGCCCAUCUACACAUUCCAGCUGCCCGACCUGAGUGUGUACAGCGAGGACUUCCGCAACUUCAUCGAGCGUGACCUCAUCGAGCAAUCCACCAUGGUGGCCCUGGAGCACGCUGGUCGAUUGAAUUGGUGGUCCACCAUGUGCAUGAGCUGUAAGAAGCUACUACCACUAGCUACAACAGGAGAUGGCAACUGCCUCCUGCAUGCAGCUUCUUUAGGAAUGUGGGGCUUCCAUGACAGGGAUUUGGUGUUGAGGAAGAGUCUGUAUGCCAUGAUGAAGAGUGGGGCAGAGAGAGAAGCUCUGAAGAGGAGGUGGAGGUGGCAACAGACUCAACAGAACAAAGAGUCGGGGCUGGUAUACACCGAGGAGGAAUGGGAAAGAGAGUGGAACGAAUUGCUGAAGCUGGCCUCUAGUGAGCCACGCACACACUUUAGCAAGAACGGCAACUCCAGUGGAGGAGUGGAUAAUUCAGAAGACCCUGUUUACGAGAGCUUGGAGGAGUUUCAUGUGUUUGUACUGGCUCACGUUCUGAGAAGGCCUAUUGUGGUGAUAGCUGACACCAUGCUCAGAGACUCUGGGGGUGAAGCUUUUGCACCAAUUCCAUUUGGAGGGCUGUACCUGCCUUUGGAGGUGCCUCCCAAUCACUGUCACUGUUCCCCGCUGGUGUUGGCCUAUGACCAGGCCCACUUCUCCGCCCUGGUGUCCAUGGAGCAGAGAGACCAGCAGAGAGAGCAAGCCGUCAUCCCAUUGACCGACUCUGAGCACAAGCUGCUAGCUCUGCACUUUGCGGUGGACCCGGGAAGGGACUGGGAGUGGGGGAGGGACGACAAUGACAACACCAAGCUUGCAAAUCUUAUUCUGUCUCUAGAAGCUAAGCUAAACCUUCUUCACAACUACAUGAAUGUAACAUGGAUUCGAAUUCCAUCAGAAACAAGGGCUCCCUUGGCUCAGCCAGAGUCACCCACUGCCUCUGCAGGUGAGGACGUACAGUCUCUAGCAGAAUCCAUGGAUUCGGACCGGGAGUCCGUUUGCAGUAACUCCAACAUCAAUAACGGCAAGUCAAGUAAGGACAAGGACAAGCAGCGAAAGGACAAAGACAAAACUCGAGCGGACUCAGUGGCCAACAAGUUGGGCAGUUUUAGCAAGACUCUUGGUAUCAAACUUAAGAAGAACAUGGGUGGCCUUGGGGGGCUUGUUCAUGGCAAGAUCAGCAAGUCCACCUCGGUGAAUGGUCGGACUGUAGAGAACGGAGAGCAGAAAUCCAAGAAAAAGGACUCUAAAACACGAAAAGGCAGCAAAGAGGAGUCUGGCCAGUCAGCCAGCACAUCCUCCUCAGAGAAGGCAAUGAGUCCCUCUCCUACAGACCAUGCCUCUGGUAGCUCACCUGUCGAGAGACAGUCAGGAUCAGGCAAAAACUCAGGUGACCGGACUCUGGACAACUGGAAGUACAGCACAGAUGUAAAACUGAGCCUAAACAUUCUUCGGGCAGCCAUGCAGGGUGAGAGAAAGUUUAUUUUUGCUGGGUUGCUGCUGACCAGCCACAGACACCAGUUCCACGAAGAGAUGAUCAGCUUCUAUCUGAGCAGCGCUCAAGAACGCUUCAGUGCCGAGCAGGACCAGAAGAGAAAAGCUGAGGCUGAGAAGAAAACUCAGACCAAUGGGGUGGCACUGAAGAAACCUGAACAAGAGAGCAUUUUCCAAAGGGAGAGUUCAGAUAGCUCCCCAGCUGAAAGCUGCUCACCCGUAUUGCACCCCAGCCAUAAUCCUUCACAGGCUCUGAAGGUCCAAGAAAGGGGAAGUCCCAAGCUUGCUGCUUCCCCCAUUCCAAUACCCAUCCCAACCUCCAUGUCACCUGUCCCUUUCUCUUCCCCUAGUAAUGGUGCUAAGAGACCCAGACCAGUCCCUGUUUCAGCUCACUAUAGCCAUACACCACCUAUCCAGCGGCACAGUGUCAUCCACCUGAGGGAUGUCAGUGUGCAGUUGUCCAGCUACCAGGAUGAGUCCUACAAACCGGUUGUGGGCACACUUAAGACCUGUGCAACCUACCCUCAACAAAACCGCUCACUGUCCUCUCAGAGCUACAGCCCAGCCCACAUGACUGGGAUUCGUACCGUUAAUGCCGUAGACACCCUCCCGUACAACAUGCCUGGUGAACACAAGUCCCACACUUACACCAAUGGCUUCAACACUGGCAACAUCCGGGACUGUCUGGAGUUUGCAGACGAGGACCCACCACCCCAUGCCUGGCAUGGGCAGGACAAAACCAAAGGGCAGAGUGCCGUUUGUCCAAUGUACUACUUUCAGCAGAAACGCUGCAGGAGGGAAAACUGCACCUUCUAUGGGCGGCCAGAGACAGAGAACUUUUGCUCCUACUGUUAUAGAGAGGAGUUGAAAUGCAGGGAAAGGGAGUUAAAGGUGCACCGGCCUGGAUAGCCCUCCAAACAAACACAUAUACAGCCACCCCCACUUUGUGUGAAAAUAACGGCAACACAACCACUUUUUUGGCACUUUGCAAGUGAUACAAAGAACUGGCAUAACAUUGUCCUACUAUAUUUAAAACCGGCCACCUUGUAUUGUUGUUAAGUCACUCUCAAUAGUGAAUGAACACUGCUUUAAGGCUACUGUAUACUUCGGUUUUCUGGUGCCGCUAUGUAUCAUGCACAGAGCAUGCAUCAGCACAGUUUGAGCAGACUGUCUGCAUCCAGCACAGUUUUUCUAGCCUUGCGUACCUGUAUGCAUCUGUGUGCAUCAUCUGCGCAUGCUCCUGCUGUUGAAUGUACUUAAGAGUAUCGCAAAGCAGGUGCAGUGCACAUGCAUCGGGCGUGUCCAUACGGGUUUGCAGUAAAAAGCGUAUACUUUGAAAGGCUAGAGCGCUUGACACUUUGUGAGAUGUAACGGCACAUAGAAAAACAAAAUAUACCCUAGCCUUUACAAUGACAGGAAGUGCAACCAGAAUCAGUUUACAGCUUUGGCCAGAGAUUGUGAUAUUGUUUGUCUAAUGUCCAAUUUAAUUCAAUCUUUUACUUGUUUUAGAGUAAAAGCUCAUGUGUCUACUUGCACCUGCAUAAAGAGAUGUUAAAGCAAAUGUCAGUCUCUCUGAAGGGGAUUCCCAAAUCAAGGAAGGGUAGACUCUCUUUAGAGGUCAUUAUAAUGCAAUAUUCACAGCAUAGCUCUUUGGAAUCUCAAUAUCGAAAAGCGAAGGUUUUUGCUCUGCAUUGCAAAUAAUUACAAAGGGAGGGAGAAGUACUUUUCAGCACUGGAAUUCUUUUGGAAAGCAAUAAGUUUGGUAACAACCACCACCCCUUCUCCCCUUUUUUAUCUAUGCAUUCAUAAUGUCAGCCAUAUUCUACUUUUUACUCAUAUGAUUCUAUGGGAUGUGGAUGGGAUUUGUUGAUGUCUGCUGUAAAAAGAUUAUUAUAGUGGAAAUAUUAAAUACGUGGCAUAUCAAAAUGUGCUUUCAAAUUGACCUUGUGGUAUACUGUAUAAACAGUGUAUACUGACUUUCCAUAUUGCAGCAUAUUGUUAUAUAAAGCCUUUUCAUUGAAGGGUUUGCAUUCCGCAAUGAUAUCAAAUGAAUCCUCAAUAUUGUGUGGUACUUGACAUUUGAUACAGUAAGCAGUUGACUUCCAUGCAGUGCUGUCUGUAUUUGCAAUAUAUUACGGAGUCAUGCUAGCAAAUGCAAAAUUACACCUUUGAAACAUCUUAAGCAUUUCAUACUUAUAUCUUGAGGAUGUAAGUAUGAAAUGCAAACCCUUAUUUGCUGCUUGUAAAAAUUGUAAUGUGUCAACUGUUUAUUACCUUUAUUAAUGGCACAGCCCGGCUUUAAAUGGCAACUGUUCAUCAACAUUCUCUAGCACUCAUGCUAACACUGCCAUGCUAGCCUCUUAUGUGCCAAAAAAGGUCCCUUAUUUCAUUUGUCCUCUGGAAUAUUAGAUUUCAUAUUUUUGACUCAUAGAAUACAUUUUUCACCACAGUGUCAAAAAGCACUAGUCCUCAUUGUGUGCAAGGAAAUCAGGAUGCUAGAGGUAACUUCCAUAACAAUAAAUCUAGAAAUGCUGCAAACUUGCUGCAAAUUUGCCACUUAUUAAUUUUCACAUGUAAAUGAGCUUGGAAGCCUACUCUUCCUCGUCGCCAAAGUUUUGCUACAGGUUUACCACUACCGGUGAAAAAUUGCAAAUAUUCUCAGUGAAUAGCAAGCUCAUUUGCAUGUAAAAAUAAUGACUGCCGAAUUUGUGAGAAGGGUAUAGCUGCAGGUAUUGCUCCCAAAAGGGGCAGUCGCUCCAAACCGCCAUUGAAGAUAUAGGGAGCGCCUUACCUAACCUUUCCCUAACCUUCCCUAAUGUGAGUGGAAAGUGACACCCCCUUUUGGAGUUUGUGCAACCCCUUUUUGGAGUAACCACGGCCCUUUUGGAAAUGUUGCCCCAAUUUGGAGGUCUCCGGCCUGCAGCUACUGUAUACCUACUUGGAAUUUGUGGCAAGUUUGCUAGAUCUCUAGGUUUUUUUCUAAGGGUCUGCCGCUCAAAAAAACACAACAUUGUGCCAUCAACAAACAUGACUAGUGUGCUAACCACUUUGUGUGUCUCUUCUUAGCAAAGGCCCCACCAAGUGCUUUUCUUCUCCACAGUCAAGAUUACCAUAAGAGCAAGGCUUUUUGUAUUUUGUUGUGUGGCGAUGUCAAGGUAACCCAAGCUGUGUCUCAGUAAGUGUGUUUUGCCUUUCCUGGCCAAGGGUGUCCACUGUUCCUUUGUUCCCUUCCAACAUAUCUAUACCUCUGCCAUUGCGUGUCUGCCCCCCUCAGUUCACCUGCUUUUUGUCCCCUCCCUUGUUUAUAUUUGACAAGCUCAUGGACUCUCACCAUCUUAGAAUUGUAAAGUAUGAUUUUGUAUUCAUUUGAGAGUUUUACACUAAAUUAUUAAUUUGCACAUUAGGUACAAAUGUAAAUAGCAGGACAA